GUUAUGAGACGGCGGCCAUAUUUGCUUGUACGGCUUUCAAGUGUAAUGGUGGAUUUGAAAGCUUGCGACUUUUAACAAUUUUCCUGGUGGCGUACAGACAAUACAUAACCCCAAUUGUAUUGAUUUUGAAGGACAAGAUGCCAUAGUUGCCAAAUAUAAUAUUAAUGGCACUGGAAAAUGAUGCCAUAGACGUUUAGAAACAGACGUUACCGCUGUCAUCUCGUCCAAAAUGAACACCUUUGGUUGACGGAAUUUUCAAGAAUUGUGGAUUUAUCAAGUUAUUUCUCGAAAUAAUAAUUUAUUUUAAUUUUUCUAACAAUUACCUAAUAUAUCCAAUAUAUUGGAGUGAUUGUCACAUCCGAUGUGGCAAGUUAAGCCAAUCAACUUUGUGAACACCGGAGAGUUGCCGACUCGGGUGGACAUGAUGGACUGUUGUGACAAAGCAAAUCGAAUCAACAAAGUGUAACACUGUGUUACCCCCAACAUGGUUAGGGAGGGGGACACGGGUUUGACCAAUCCGACCUAUGCAAAAUGGUUGAUUGAAGCUAUUAAGAAAGUUAAACAACAGAAGCAGCGGCCGAGUCUAGAGCGAAUAAGCAAUGCAGUCCGUCAAAACCACAAGGUCAGUAAAGAAUCUAUCGAGGAACAACUUGAGUUGGCUGUUACUGAUGGAAUUGUACUGAAAACUUACAACAAGGGAUUGAUCUCUUACAAGGACCCAUCUCGUAUUGUUCAGCUACAGUCACGAAAUCUGAAGAUCGGAAAGAAAGAUGACCUAACUAAAGUCAUCGUGAGAACUGUGAGAGAGUUGGGUGAAGUUGGAGGUUCUAGCCUGAAAAGCAUUGAGAAGUUUAUCAGGAGAAGCUAUAACAUUGAACUGUGUGAUGGAGUUGAUUUGGCACAGCAAAUAAAAUUGUCCAUAAAAUCUGGCAUUCAAAAAGGACUACUUUUGCAGGAUGGAAGAUUCAUUAAACUUGGGACUGCACCGGUCAGUGAAUCUGAUUCUGCUGGCUCGAACAGCAGCAACAGUUUUCACAGCAGUAUUGAUGAUGACAAACACUUUGACGACAUCAUUUUGCCGUUUGAAAGACACAAAAAACUUGCCAAGCCACUGCCACUCUGUAGCUUCUGUCUAGGGCCAGCAGAGAAAAACAGGGACGGCAAAUUUGAAGAACUCAUCUCAUGUGCAACUUGUGGUAGUAGUGGUCAUCCAACAUGUCUCAAAUUUGCGCCCGAACUGGCAUUGAAAGUGAGAAGAUUGCGAUGGCAGUGUAUAGACUGCAAAAGAUGUUCGUUUUGUGGGAAGUCUGGAAAAGAGGACAAUAUGCUCUUCUGUGAUGCCUGUGAUAGGGGAUAUCAUAUGCAGUGUUGUGAUCCACCUUUGAACAAAGCUCCAAAAGGGGCAUGGAGCUGCAACAUAUGUGAUCCAAAUAGGGGUAACAAGAAAGGGAAAAAGUUCCUUGAAAUGGCAGCACGAUAUACACAGCGGCUGAGGGCCAAAGAAAAGGCAGCUAAACUUGAAAAGGCAAAGGCAGUCCUCAAUGCUGCAAGAAAGCAAUAUGAAUCUGUGACUUCUGGGAAGGGCCUACCUCGAGGGCGGCGUCCAAAGCACAGAAUUCCUGGUACUACUUCCAUGUCCUCAUCAUUGUUGAUGGCUACAACAGGGAAUAAUGUUCAUCUGAAACACUACAGGUCCCUGGAAAAUGGUCACAGCAGCAGAGAGGACAAGGAAAACACAAGGGCAGCAGCAUCAACGGCAGAAAAUGGCAAUCAUAGCUCCUCCUCAUCCUCAUGUGAGUCAGACAGUGAUGAGGACUUGAGCAUCUUACAACCUUUCAUGGCUGUCAACAAACCUAAGGGCUUAAUAGAUGGCCUAUCACGCUUCUUUACUCCGUCUAACAAGAGAAAAUCUCGAGUCUCACUUAGUUCUUUAGAAGCUGACUUGGCAGCUCUAGUGUCUAAGCCAAAACCUGGUCGACCCAGCAAAUCGCGACAGGCUGCAAAAAAAUUGUUGAAAAAGUCCAAACUUUUACAAGUGAAUAAAAGACGCAGAUUUCAUAACUGCCCACCAGGUAGUGGUCAGCUUAAGGGCCUUUUUGAUGGCCUUUCACACCUGUUUACUGCACAGGGGGAUAGGAAGCGUAACUUUCCAAUUUACACACCACCAAGGGGCAUGCAAAAGCUCUUGUCAAUACAGACUAGUACACCUAUUCAAGACCCUUUCUUGGAUAUUGAGAUUGAUAAACCAGACAAUCCCUUUGAAUUUACUGGCAUAGAGAGCCCUGUAAUUCUCCCACCUAUCAGGGGUAGGGGAAGGGGAAUUCACAAACCUGACUGGAGUGACUUAGGAUUUCUCUCGACGUCCCUCAACAAGCACAAAGGACGAGGACGAGGGGUUUCCACGCCAACCGAAACCUCUAUUGGCAGAGGGCGGGGGCGAGGCCGUGGACAGAAAAAGGACAAGGAGAGCUCUGCAGCCCCCCUGCCUCACUUGGUGACUGAGGGUGACAUUGAUCUGUUCAAGCAGGCGCAGGAAAAGGCACAGCAGUCGCUCGGACAAGUGAGUUGGCCCGGCGGCUAUGGUCACAAGAGCUCCAACACAGGAGAUGCUCCGUCCGAACCUCAACACCGAUUUCCACCAUGUAUUGAAUUUGGGAAAUAUGAGAUACAAACAUGGUACUCAUCUCCCUACCCACAAGAAUAUGCCAGGUUACCAAAGUUGUACAUAUGUGAAUUUUGUCUGAAAUAUAUGAAGAGUAGAAGCAUUCUCCAAAGACACAUGAGCAAGUGUGGCCUCCACCAUCCUCCAGCCAAUGAGAUCUACAGAAAAGGAGAUCUCUCUGUGUUCGAGGUGGAUGGCAAUGUCAGCAAAAUAUACUGUCAGAACCUGUGUCUACUAGCCAAGCUGUUCCUCGACCACAAGACGUUAUACUACGAUGUAGAACCAUUCCUCUUCUAUGUACUUACGCACAAUGACGACACCGGAUGUCAUCUGGUGGGCUACUUCUCAAAGGAGAAGCACUGCCAACAGAAGUACAAUGUAUCCUGUAUCAUGACAAUGCCACAGCACCAGCGGAAGGGAUAUGGCAGAUUUCUCAUUGAAUUUAGUUACCUACUGUCAAGGAUUGAAGGUCAACCUGGCUCCCCAGAGAAGCCACUGUCAGACUUGGGAAAAGUCAGCUACAUGGCAUAUUGGCGCAGCAUCAUCAUUGAAUACAUGCACAAGGUGGCCGACGAUAAAAUAACCAUCAAAGCUAUCAGUCGUUCUACUGGGAUGUGUCCUCAUGAUGUUGCUGGAACCCUGCAGCAGCUGACCUUCAUGAUCAAGAAAGAUGGAAAAAUUGUCAUAUCUGUGAAUCGCAAGAAGAUCCAAGAAUACAUGGAUAAACUGAAGUUAAAAGCACACCAACGUCUUGAGCUAGAUGCUGAGUGCCUACGCUGGACUCCUUUAAUAUCAAAUCAAACUCUAUUGGAAGAAGAGAAACGUGCUGAGAAAGAGGUGGGUCCAAGGUUCCGUCUGCCAUUUGGAGCUCCUACAACUUCUAGAUACUUUCGGUUACGAGAGAUGAGUGAAGUGGUCAACAGCAUAGCAGAAGACCGACGCCAGCUGCUAGAAGAUUCAAAGCUCAGUCCUGUAAAAGAGGACCCAAUCAAAAAGGUUGGCAAGAAGCCAGGGAGAAAAAGGCUGAACAGCUUCAAGUCUCCUGAGCCAGAACCCAAGAGAUCUCGGAAGAGUCUUAUGACAGAAAUCAGCAACAGCUACCUUGAAGAUAAACUGAAGAGUGUUCCUAAAACCGAAGACAAUCUAAAUGGCAACAAUUGUAAUAAAAUGUCAAACAAGACUCUAAAGAAAGAAAUCAAAGGAAGACCUGAGAUCACACUUCGAAGAAAUGGACAUAUUGUAGCAGAACAUGUUGUUCAGAAGAGGCGAAAGAGGAAAGGUGGCUGGCCAAAAGGAGUUCCCCGUGGCUCGCCUGUGAAGAAAGACCCGGUGGUACGUCGAGGCCGGCCAGGCAGACCACGAAAGCUUCGCCACAGAACCCUGGUGGAAUCUCAAGUCUCAGGUGCAGAAGAAAGUGAUGGCCCAUCAUCCCCAGUGGAUCCAAAAUUGGAAAACAAAAGUGAUACUGAGGAGGAAGAGCCUGAGACAAAACGUGAAGAAGAGGAGGAUGUUGAUGAUGAGGUGACCAUCAAUGGAGAUGUCAGUAAGUUGACAGAUGGUAGUGAUGGGGAGGAGAUGGACAUGGAUAUCACAAACACUUCUGUACAGAAUUCAGUGUCACCUGACAAGACGGUGUCUGUGAACAGCACUGCAGACUCGGGUAGACAGAGCAAGAGUGAUGAUGUGGCUGACUGUGAUGACAACAAUGAAGAGAAAGACAGUAAGAGUGACGAUUCAUCGUCAUCAUCAUCGUCGUCGUCUGAUACUGACAGUAGUGAUGAUGAUGAAGAUGAUGAUGAUGAGGAGGAGGAGGACGAAAGUCAGGAGGAAGAUGAGAAGAAGUGUAGUGAGGUUGAUACAGAGGUAUCUGUUAAGGCCCCAAUUGAAAGUGAGAAAGUGGUGAAAUCUGUUGAUAUUCAUACCAAUGGAGUUGACACCGUAAGGGAAAAAGAGAAUGGGGAAACAGUUGAAAGUGCUAUUAAAAGUGAUGAUGAUGAAGAUGAUGAUGAGGAAGAGGACGAUGAUGAUGAUGAAGAGGAGGAGGAAGAAGAUGAGGAGGAGGAAAGUGAAGAAAGUGAGAAAGAGGAGACUGUAAGUUCACCCAAAAAUGUUCCAAAAUUGGAGUCUCCAGCAAGUCUGGAACAGGAAAGAGAAACAUUACCCAGUGAGUCUUCAGGUCCACCUGAGCCAAGUCCAGCCAUUGAACCUACAGAAUGUGUGUCUGAUUCAAAUAGUGAUGAUGGGCCCCCUGCCCCACUCACGCCACAAGUGCCAACUCCACGGCCUAUGUCUCCUAACGUACCCAUGCCAAGCCCAGGUGCCAACCCAGACUCUGAGCCAGAGCCUGAGCAAUUGCCUAUGCAUGAGCCAGAGCCACGGCCACCCACUCCGCGCCAAGAAGAGCCAGUGAUUCAGGAGAGCAAACAACCAGAGACUCCCCCAUCUCCACAAGUACCAACACCAGUUCCUGCAGCAGCAGCAGCUGAAACCCCAAUAGCAACAUCUGCUUCAACUAAUUCCUCUGUGGAACACACACCAGAAACAGCAGACAUACCCAGUGAUGAUAAUUUCCAGGAUAUUAGUAGUGAUACCACUGUGCAGGAUACUCUCAGUGCCUCUAAUAACUUUGAGGAAGCUCUUGCACAGGAACUGAGGAACAAUUAUGAACAAAUUGACAACAGUGCAACAGGUAGCAUUGCAACCGAGCAAAUGGCUCAGCGUGACAUGAGCAUGAACAAUGUACAGCCCCCAACCCCGAACCAUCCAAGCCAGACCUGUAGUAGUGUGGGACCUGUGUUUUCACCCCAGAAUACGCAGAUCAAUAACAUGCCUAAUACCAAUCUAGGCAACAAUGGAUUUAAUACAGUUGAUAUAGAUGUGACACAGUUAGGUCUUGAGUCCCCUACAUCGAUUAGUAGUAAUGAGAUGGCCAACAACUCAGUUGAAUCUGCUCCCACCCCUAAUUAUUCUGAUUGUGCACAAGCACAGAUGCCCCCAACCCAGAUGCCUCAACCACAGCAGCUACCCCCUGCAACGCCACAGCAACAACAGCAGCAGAGCUGUGCGCAGGUUCAGAGUUGUGCUCAGUUGCCACAGAAUUGUUGUAUUCAAGCCCAGCAGUCGUACUGCAAUAACCAAAGUCGUGUGACUCGAUUCAUGGACACUGUUCAACAUCACCCAAUGCAGAUGCCUGUAAGUACAGGAACGUACCUUCCACCACCAGCUACAAGCUCUGUGGUAUACGGGUCAUCUGGUUCAAGUUACAGUCCUAGUAUGCUACCCCAGAAUACCCACAGACUGGUUCACAAUAAUACUCCUUGUGGAGGACAACAGAACACGGGCAACUACCAGAAUCCAAAUAGCUGUAGUUUGUCCAAAUUACAGCAAAUGACUGCUAAUAUGAUGGACUUGAUGCAUGAAAAUACCAUGACCCCGCCACCCAAUCUGACCCCUCCACCUCAUACCAUGACCCCACCUCCGGCCAUGAUCCGCUCCAUGGCAACUCCGCCCAUUCCCAAUCUUCAGCCACAACUUCAACUUCAGCCUCAACAGUGUAGCAAGUAUCCAAGGAGCAGACAAACCACACGUAAACCUCAAAGUGCUAACCCUAAUGUGACUGUAAACCCCAGUGUGCCGUUCACUCCAAACGUGACAAUUCAGCCAGGGUCUGGUAUGCUUCCCCGGUACAAUAUGAACAUGUUCAAUAGUUAUCGUCAACCAAUGAUAAAUCAUGGUUAUAUUCCCAACCAUGGUUUCUUGAACCAACCUCAACUGCCAAUGCAGGUUGGGAUGAUGAACAUGCACCCUGCAGCCCAGCAACCCUUCCAGCAACAAAUGCAGCAGUCCCAGUCCAACAACCCCAUGUACGCUUACAGCUAUAUGACUGCUCCAUCACUCAACAUGAACAAUGUUAACCCUGUCAUGCGGAGGUAGUACUUGCCCCACUGACAUACAACACAUGCCAUAAAACUUUCAUUGCAUUUCAUUUUGUGUAUAUAUAUCAGAGAGUUUGCUCAUUUUCACCCAUUUUCAUUGUUUGCAUUUGUUCAGGUGCAAAGUGUUAAACUAAUUUAUGCCGUGAUGGAUCACAAGAUGAUAGUGACAUUUGUGACAAGUGAUCAAAGAUCUCAGACAUGAGAUAGUGAGUGCUAUGUUCAAUAAGUGGAGAUUACUACACCCAGCAGAACAAGAUAAUCAUUGUUUCGUAGACAUGGUUUGGACAUUUUGUCCUAGUCAUGCUGUACAUUUGACUUAAAAAGUUCACCUUCUGAACACAGGGACAUCCCGAGUGUCUAUUUUACUAGAUGUCUCAGGUUUUUCUUACUUAGAGGUCAACUGUUGUACAGUUUUUAUUAUUUCACCUUCCAUUGAUAACUGUGAGGUCGUAUUUGUCUGAUGGUAUAUUUUUGUCUAGAUUGUAAAGAUCUUUAAAAAAAAUGUGCAUUGUGCAUUUUGAAUAAAUUAUAACUUAAUUCUA